CAGCAGGAGAUGGAGAGGGCGGCAUGGAGCCCACCCUCCUGCUGCUGCUGCCAUCCACAACUUUUGCAGGAAUCCAUCGCCCCUAUCUAGCUCGCCUCCCCAAGUCCCCAAGACCAAGAUUUGUUCCGAUCCUCUCUUUAUAUCAUCUCCCUCUCAGCAGCGAAGUGACAUCACGCUCAAGUUCAUUGCGAGGUUGGUAUAUUGGUUGGCGCUGUUGGGGCGAAAGGAAUGGAGCGGCGGGUGGAGCUUGACCUGCUACAGCAGGAGAAGAAGGGGACGAAGAGGAAGCGCGGGCGGGUGGAGCUGCGGCGGAUCGAGGACCGGACCAGCCGGCAGGUGCGCUUCUCCAAGCGGCGGUGCGGGCUGUUCAAGAAGGCCUACGAGCUCUCCGUGCUCUGCGACGCACAGGUCGCGCUCGUCGUCUUCUCCCCCGCCGGCCGCCUCUACGAGUUCGCCUCCGCCGACUCCAGCCUUGGAGAAGUUUUGGAUCGAUAUUGGGACCUCGCCAACACAAUAAAUGAUCUCAACAUUGAAGCACGAGACUCAAGGGUUGACCGCAAUAUACAGGAGCAGCAGUCAUCUGUUGGCUCUUUACCUGAUCAGCUGAAUAUCGUUGCUCAACGGGCCAUGGAAGCAAGUGUGGACGAGCUGAGCAUGGCCGAGAUAAGAAGCUUGGAGGAAACAGUAACCGACGCUCUGGCAGCUAUCAGGAAUAAACUGAGGGCAAAGGUGGUUGGAUUAUUGCCCCAAGCCUAAGGUUAAUUAUUAGCUCAUCUGGAACUAGUUUUUGCAGCAGAUAAAGAAAAGGAGAAGACCUCUGAAGACGAUGAAAGGAGAAAGAUCGAGCAGUAGGCAACUGGAAAUGAGAGCCGCUUACAACACUAGCUAGACCGUUUCCCCAGCUUCAGGCCUGUCAACUAGUGUUCCCCUUUGAACAUGGUCCUGUACCUGUCAAACACUUACCUCUGAUGUGCGUGUUGAUAAUCCUUCUCGCCUUGAGCUUUGCGUGAACGUGUAAAGGAUGACGAGCAAUGAAUGUACAUAUAAGAAUCCACUCUACGAAAAUGUACUCAUUUUGUUGAUUCACCAAGAUGGAUAUACAUAUAAGAAUUCAA